UUUUUUUAUAUAAAAGCUGUUGCUAAUGAAAAACAUUUUCAAUUUAGAAUCUGUCUGACUAAGGUGCUUUUGUGUCAGUGGAAAAACUAUGAUUUUCGUUUUAAUUUUACUCGGUUUCCUAACGCGUACGAUCUCUACGCACAAAACUGAUACGUUUCCCCCCAUGAAUAAAGUUAGGAAACACUACGACAUCGAUCGCAUUGCGAAAGUAUGCUACGAAAAAAGCGGUGUGGAUAAGAGUGAAUUACAUCAAUUUGAAGUGACUAAAGAUCUGCAACACAUUCCGAAUAGUCAAGCACUCAAAGUAUACCUUCGUUGUUUCGCAGAACUUAGUGAGGCUGUGGCUCCAGAUUCUAAUAAAGUGCUUCUUCCAAAAUUUAUGAAAUAUUUCGAUGAUUUGACGCCAGCAGAGCAACUCAUUUACGUGAAUAUGGGUAAGGGGUGUCUCAACCGUGUAGCUAAAAUUACGGAUCCACUGGAAUAUUCGUACAAAAUUGCGAUUUGUGGAAAGCGAAAUGACAAUGAGCAUUUUCAUAUAUUCUAUUGAUCGUGAGUGGCGUCACCUACAAGCCGUAUUUUAUAUUGUUUCGAUUGAAUGUAUAUUCACGUACUUUUGUUGUGUUAUAUUUUUAUAUUAUUGAACAAGUAAAUAUUUGAACAUGUUUU